AAAAGGGUGUGUUUUGAAGUUUGGAUUAGAGUAAUGUACAAUCCACAAAUGAACCCAUUACCCAUAUCCAAGAGGCUGCUCUGGUCAGCUUAUUUGUUCUCUUUCUCUCUCUUCUCUGUUCCUCCUUUCCUCUGAAAAAACCCCCAAUUUUUGACAUAUUUUGUAUACGAAAUUAACCUUCCUUUGUUCUUCUGGAUCACCAUAGUUUUUGUUAUGCUUUAAUCACACCCAGAUCUUUUAGUUGCUUCACCAUCAGCUGAGUUAAUUGCUUCAAUUUGGUUUUUCUAAUUGUAAACAAGGUUUCUCUGGAAGGAUUUGUGUUUCUGUUCAUCACUCCAUAGAGAUACUUUGAAUUCUGUGCAGAUGUGCGUUUCUGGAAUUGGGGUUUUUUUAUUUGAUUGAAUUGUGUAAGGUUUUUUUUGAUGAUCUUUAGUUCUGUGCUUUGGAGGAGAUUAUUUUGUGAAACCCUUUAGGAUAAAGAGGUUCAUCCUCAUACUUAGAUUUCUGCUAAGAUAUGAUUAAGCAGAUACUAGGUAGGCUUCCUAAGAAGCCAUCUAAGUCGGCUGAUGGUCGCGAUGGUCUAUUGUCGAAUGUUUUAGGUGGCACUAGGACCGGCGAUUCUGGUGGCCAUAAAUCAGGAAAUGGAAAAGAUGUGCCACACCAAGGUGGCCAUCCAACUUCAAAUUCAGGUUUGGGUCAUGGUAAUAAAUUCGGGCAGGGGGAGGAUUCUAAUGGAAAUGACAGCUUAGUAUCAAAUCCAUUUGAGGCACUGCCUUCUUUUAGGGAUGUUCCAGCUUCUGAGAAGCAGAACUUAUUUAUAAAAAAGAUUCACUUAUGCUGUCAUGCUUUUGAUUUCACUGACCCCACCAAGAAUCUGAAGGAAAAGGAGACCAAGAGACAGACAUUGCUUGAGCUUGUAGAUUAUGUUAGCUCGGCUAAUGGAAAGUUUUCGGAGAAUGCGAUGCAAGAACUCAUUAAGAUGAUAUCUGCGAACUUAUUUAGGGCGCCUGCUGCCCAGCCCCGUGAAAAUAAGGCUUUAGAGGCUUAUGAUUUGGAAGAGGAGGAGCCUUCAAUGGAUCCUGCAUGGCCUCACUUGCAAAUUGUUUAUGAGCUGUUUUUAAGGUUUGUAGCAUCACCUGAGACAGAUACAAAGCUGGCCAAGAGGUAUAUUGAUCAGGGUUUUAUUCUCAAGUUAUUAGAUCUUUUCGAUUCUGAGGAUCCCAGAGAGAGGGAGUAUUUGAAAACAAUUCUUCAUCGUAUCUAUGGAAAGUUUAUGGUGCAUCGUCCGUUUAUCAGAAAAUCAAUAAACAACAUUUUCUAUCGUUUUAUCUUUGAGACAGAGAAGUUUAAUGGGGUUGCUGAGCUUUUGGAAGUUUUGGGUAGUAUUAUUAAUGGGUUUGCUUUACCUCUUAAGGAGGAGCAUAAGUUGUUCCUUAUCCGUGUUCUGAUUCCCCUCCAUAAACCAAAGUGCUUGCCUAUGUACCAUCAACAAUUGUCUUAUUGCAUCACUCAGUUUGUGGAGAAAGACAGCAAACUUGCAGAUUCUGUGAUUAGGGGUUUAUUGAAGUACUGGCCAAUCACUAACAGUUCAAAGGAAGUUAUGUUUUUAAGUGAGCUGGAAGAGGUUUUGGAAGCAACCCAGAUGCCUGAAUUUCAGCGUUGUAUGGUGCCAUUGUUUCGACGCAUUGCUCGUUGCUUGAGCAGUUCUCACUUUCAGGUGGCCGAGCGGGCUUUGUACCUAUGGAGUAAUGAUCAUGUUGAGAACUUGAUUAAGCAAAAUCAAAAAACUAUUCUUCCUAUCAUCUUCCCUGCACUAGAGAAAAAUUGUCGGACGCACUGGAAUCAAGCUGUCAAAAGUUUGACCCAGAAUGUGAGGAAGAUAUUUUCUGAUGCAGAUCCAGAGCUAUUUGAAGAGUGCAUGAAGAAGUUCGAGGAAGAUGAAGCUAAAGACAAAGAGCAAAAAGAACAACAAGAAGCCAUAUGGAAGCGCUUAGAAGCGCUCGUUUUAACCCAAUCUAAAUCUACUGAAAUGCCCUUAGGUUCUCAAAACCAUGCUCCUCAAACAGUUGCAAGCUAGAAUUUAGGACAUAUUGGUUUGUAGGUCGGUCAUCGAUGAUUUGGGAAACGUGCUUGAUAUGGUUAUUUCCUGUCACAAAAAUGCUGGAUCAAGACCGGUUUCCUACUUCCAGUUUUUCUCGUGUGAGGAUCGUGGGUGCCGUGUCCCCAUUUUUUGUGCUCAAAGAGGCUAUAUGAGUGAAUAGCUGUCUGGACCAUAAGUAUAUGGAGAUCUAUAAAGUUGCAAACUUUUUUCAUGGUCCUAUUGACUGUUUGUUGCCAUGGUAUACACAGAAGAGCGACAGAUUCCAGGUACUUUGCUUCGUGGGGGUUGUAUUAUCUUUUAUUAUUUUGUGUUAAACUGCUAAUUGAGGUUAUUCCUCCUUCUUAGUGUAUGCAGUAUACAUAUGUGUAUCUUCUUGACAAUCCUUAGAAUGAUCCCAUCAUUUGGUUUGAUUUUCGGCU